AUGUUGUGGCUCAUGAGAUUCUCGGGGUUUUUCUCCGCCGCAAUGCUCGUCAUUGUCCUCUCCCCCUCCCUCCAAUCCUUCCACCCGGCCGAAGCCAUCCGCUCCUCCCACCUCGACGGCCUCCUACGCCUCCCGCUCCAGACGCCGCCGUUCUCCUUCCGCCGGGCGGCGCCAUUCCGCAAUGCCGACAAAUGCGCCUCCAAUCGAACCACCAUUUCCAAGAACACCAGCGUCUGUGACCCCUCCUUAGUCCACGUCGCCAUCACUCUCGACGUCGAAUACCUCCGAGGCUCCAUCGCCGCCGUCCACUCCAUCCUCCAACACUCCCAGUGCCCGGAGAACAUCUUCUUCCACUUCCUCGUCUCCGAGACAAAUCUACAAUCCCUCGUCAAAUCCACCUUCCCGCAAUUGAACUUCAAGGUUUAUUACUUCGAUCCGGAGAUCGUGCGCAACCUGAUCUCCACCUCGGUGCGCCAAGCCCUGGAACAACCUCUCAACUACGCCAGAAAUUACCUCGCGGAUCUUCUCGAGAGUUGCGUGGGGAGGGUUAUAUAUCUAGAUUCGGAUCUAGUCGUGGUAGACGACAUUGCGAAACUGUGGAGCACCAAUUUAGGUUCUAGAACCAUCGGCGCGCCCGAAUACUGUCACGCGAACUUCACUAAGUACUUCACGGCGGGGUUUUGGACGGACGCACGGUUUGCGAGCGCGUUCGCGGGGCGGAGGCCGUGCUACUUCAACUCGGGUGUGAUGGUGAUAGAUCUGGUGCGGUGGCGGAAAUACGGUUACAGUAGAAGGAUAGAGAGGUGGAUGGAGAUCCAGAAGAGCGACCGGAUCUACGAGCUGGGUUCACUGCCGCCGUUUCUGCUAGUGUUCGCGGGACACGUGUCGCCCAUUGAGCACAGGUGGAACCAGCACGGCUUGGGUGGCGAUAACGUGAAGGGGAGUUGCCGGGACCUUCACGCUGGGCCUGUGAGUCUGUUACAUUGGUCCGGUAGUGGCAAGCCCUGGCUCCGAUUGGACUCGAAACAGCCCUGUCCGCUUGACGCACUUUGGGCUCCUUAUGAUUUGUACGGACACUCUCACUGA